AUGGACAAGAAAAUUGACCGGGAGGUUAAAAAAGGAGAAGAGGCGGUUGAAAAAAAGCAAGAAAAAAUUUCGAAGCUUGAAGAAAACGAGGAAGAGAAGCUUACAAAAUUUGAUAAGGGAAAAGAAGAGAAGAUUGCCGCUAUAAAGGAAAAAAAUGAAGAAAUGAAAUUAAAGUUUAUUAAUGAUAAAGAAGAAAAAAUUGUUAAAAAGAAGAAUGAAAUUGAAAAAAUUGAAAUGGAUAAUGAGGAGAAGAAGCGAAAGCUUGACGAAGAUAAAGAGGAAAAGAAGCGAAAGCUUGAUGAAGAUAAUGAGGAGAAAAAGCGAAAGCUUGACAAGGAUAAUGAGGAUAAGAAGGGAAAGCUUGACAAAGAUAAGGAUGAUAAAAUUCUUAAAAUUGGGAAGGAAAUUGAUAAAAUCGAAAAAGAUAAUGAAGAGAAAAUAUUAAAAAUGGACAAAGUUGAUGAGGAAAAAAUUGCGAAGAUUGAAAAGACUUUUAAUGUUAAGAAAUCAAAAUUGAAAGAAGAUGUUGAGGAGAAGAAAUCGAAAGAAAAAGAAUUGAUUGAGGAACAGGAAAUGAAGAUGCAAUCCGCUAAACUUAAACGUACAUUGUCAUCAUCGGCAUCUGGAGCAGGCUCAUGUAUGCGUUGA